GCGAGCGUGGCGUGGCGUUCGGAUUUUUGCUUAGAGUCGCCACUAAGGCUUGUGUGUCUAUGUGUGUGUGUGUUUGUGCGUUGUUGUUGUUUUUGUUUUUUUCGCCCUGAACGAUUAGGCUAUGGCUGCGAUAAAGGCCGUAAACUCCAAGGCUGAGGUGGCGCGGGCCCAGGCAGCUUUGGCCGUCAAUAUAUGCGCCGCCCGAGGGCUGCAGGAUGUGCUGAGGACCAACUUGGGUCCUAAAGGCACCAUGAAAAUGCUUGUUUCUGGUGCAGGUGACAUCAAACUCACCAAAGAUGGCAACGUGCUGCUCCAUGAGAUGCAAAUUCAACAUCCAACAGCUUCCUUGAUAGCAAAAGUAGCAACAGCUCAGGAUGAUGUCACAGGAGAUGGUACUACUUCAAAUGUUCUAAUUAUUGGAGAGUUAUUAAAACAAGCUGAUCUGUACAUUUCUGAGGGCCUGCAUCCUAGAAUAAUAGCUGAAGGAUUUGAAACUGCAAAGGUAAAAGCACUUGAAGUUUUGGAGGAAGUUAAAGUGACAAAGGAGAUGAAAAGAAAAAUCCUCUUAGAUGUAGCUAGAACAUCAUUACAAACUAAAGUUCAUGCUGAACUGGCUGAUGUGUUGACAGAGGCUGUGGUGGAUUCUGUUUUGGCUGUUAGAAGACCAGGUUACCCUAUUGAUCUCUUCAUGGUAGAAAUCGUGGAGAUGAAGCAUAAAUUAGAAACAGAUACGAAAGAGGUGAACUCUGGUUUCUUUUAUAAGACUGCAGAAGAGAAAGAGAAAUUGGUAAAAGCUGAAAGAAAAUUUAUUGAAGAUAGAGUACAAAAAAUAAUAGACCUGAAGGACAAAGUCUGUGCUCAGUCCAAAAAAGGAUUUGUUGUCAUUAAUCAAAAGGGAAUUGAUCCAUUUUCCUUAGAUACUCUUGCAAAACAUGGAAUAGUAGCUCUUCGCAGAGCAAAAAGAAGAAAUAUGGAAAGACUCUCUCUUGCUUGUGGUGGAAUGGCUGUGAAUUCUUUUGAAGAUCUCACUGUAGAUUGCUUGGGACAUGCUGGUCUUGUAUAUGAGUACACAUUAGGUGAAGAAAAGUUCACUUUUAUUGAGGAGUGUAUUAACCCUCGCUCUGUCACCUUGUUGGUUAAAGGACCAAAUAAGCAUACUCUCACUCAAAUCAAGGAUGCCAUAAGAGAUGGACUUCGUGCUAUCAAAAAUGCCAUUGAAGAUGGUUGUGUGGUUCCUGGGGCUGGUGCAGUUGAAGUGGCAAUGGCUGAAGCUCUUGUUAUGUACAAGAACAGAGUAACAGGAAGAGCUCGUCUUGGAGUCCAAGCUUUUGCUGAUGCUUUACUCAUUAUUCCCAAGGUUCUUGCUCAGAAUGCUGGUUAUGACCCACAGGAAACACUAGUAAAAGUUCAGGCUGAGCAUUUCGAAUCAAAACAACUUGUUGGCAUAGAUUUGAACACAGGUGAGCCAAUGGUAGCAGCAGAUGAAGGAGUAUGGGAUAAUUAUUGUGUAAAAAAACAACUUCUUCACUCUUGCACAGUGAUUGCCACCAACAUUCUCCUGGUUGAUGAAAUCAUGCGAGCUGGGAUGUCUUCUCUCAAAGGGUGAUUGAAUUCAAAAUCAGCUCUUUGAGAAGAUGAAAUUUAGUGCCCUUUAUAUCUGACUACUUUUGUGUAACCUGAGCCAUUCUGAAUUUCUACACAAUAAAUGCAGAUUAUAUCUUUUGGGUCUUA